AUGUCUGUCCAAGGGGCACUGAACGGUAACGGACAAGUUGACGACCUAAGGGAAGAAAACCUGACGCCACAAACACAGCCUGUCGAAGAGCUGGAAACGGUGGUGCUAAGCGAAAAGAAACCUGAUCGGUGCGUCAAAAUCGGCACCACACUCACCCCACCUCUCCGAGUGCAAUUCAUCGAGUUCUUACGACAUCAUUCGGAAGUGUUCGCCUGGUCUUACGAUGACAUGCCAGCAACUCCCCCGCCUGUAAACCUGUAA